ACAAGAUAUAACAAGACGAUGAUCGACAACAAAAAACAUAUAGACUAUACUAAAACGUGGCAGACACGAAUUCAUUAAACAAAGAAACGAAGAAAAAAUAAGUCACUGAACUGAAAAGGAAGGAAGAGAGUAUACGUGUGUGAAAGCCCAUGAGAAAGACAUUAUAUGCCUCUACGAAUUAGAGAUAACUAGAGGGUGGUAGUUGUCGCUAACACGAUUAGUUGACAGAUAACACAAAAAACAUCAUUUGCGCCGUUGACUAACCCACUAGAAUGUGAUACAUCUCUUACUUCCAUUUGUUUCUUCGCCUGCUUGCUUCGUUGUCUGUUAUCAGUUAAGUACAACGUAUAACAGAUUUGAAAAAAGGGUUUAUCUGAUAUCUUGAUAUUUUUUUAUCUGAUUUUAUUUAGAUUGUUUAAAAAACACAUAUGGAUUGCUGGCUUUGGAUGGGCUUUAGCUGUGUCUUCACCAUGUUUUAUUCUUUCAGUAGUAUAUACAGUAACCAUUACGCUUAUCGAUCAACACAAAAUCAAAUCCGAAAAUAUAAUAAUGUAAUACACAGCAGAAAUAUUUUUCGACUUAUUAACAAAUAUUGUUUUUAAGGAUAGUUGCAUUCGUCACAUUCAUCACUCAGGUAGUUCAGAUUGUUUUUUUGAUGUGAGUAUAUCUGUCGCUAACAGGAAAGGAAGUUGUGAAAUCGCUGUUUCAUCCAUUCGGUUUAGGGCAAAAGAAUUUGGCCAAUCGAUAUCAGCAGCACAAAGUUUCAUUGACUUAUUCGAACGGAAAUCGCUCAUCGAUAACUGUUCAAGAAAUGGAAAAGAAUUGGUAAAAAACAGCGAUAUCUUUUUUUUCUCUAUAUAUUUCUGUUUUUAAACAAGGCAAAUUUCGGUGGUAAAAUUGAGUUUGAUCGUGUCAACUUUAUUUAUCCGACAAGACCUAGCAUAACCAUUCUAAAUAAAUUCGUAUUGAAUAUCAAACAAGGUAAGACGUAUUUCAUGAACAAAUUCAUUUUUAUUUACCUGUUCUUUUCAUUUAUUAAUGGUCAACGAAUCGCUCUUGUCGGUAAUGAAAAAGUCAGAUCAGAUAGAUAGAGUGAACAUAUCAUAAAUUGAUUCCACUUCCUAGGUACAAGUGGAUGUAGAGAUUGUUCACUAAUUAUACGCAAAAUUUGGCACACGCAAAAUAGAGUAACGAAAUAACUACGCUAUUCAUGAAGGCAGAGAUGGAAAAUCAACAGUCAUACAACUUUUAGAACGAUUUUAUGAUGUUUCCGAAGGUCGUUUGGUGAGUAAAGACAUUGCUAUUCUCAUGCUUGACGAAAUAACUUCGUUGUUGCAGCUAAUCGAUGGUCACGAUAUUCGUGAUUUGAACAUUCAAUGGUUGAGAUCCCAAAUCGGACUGGUAAAUCAAGAGCCAGUUCUGUUCGAUUUGACAAUUAGAGAAAAUAUUGCUUAUGGUAAUCAUUCUGGACAAUCUGUCUACAUUCAAGAAAUAAUUGAUGUUGCAAAAAAAGCAAACAUACACGACUUUAUUCAAAAACUGCCCCAAGGUUAUGAAACAAAUGUUGGCGCGAGGGGUACCCAGUUGUCAGGUGGGGAAAAACAGCGGAUUGCUAUAGCUCGUGUCCUUUUCCAUGAUCCUAAGGUACUGUUGCUCGACGAGGCUACAAGCGCAAUGGAUGCUCAAAACGAAAAGAUAGUUCAGCAAGCACUUGACCAGGCACAGCAGAAACGCACGACAAUUAUUGUUGCUCAUCGAUUAUCGACGAUACAAAACUGUGAUUUAAUCUGUGUGAUGGAUCCGAAAUCAAGACGAAUUAUUGAACAUGGUAAACAUUCAGAUCUCAUUCAGCAACGCGGCAUCUAUUAUAAAUUAGUAGUGGGUGAAUGA